AUGACCAGCAGCAGCAGACCACCCCCGACCCUGCCCCAGGACGCUUUCGUGGAUCGCAGCAGGAGUACCAGGCUUGCACCCGACGCCCUCCCGUUACUAAACUCUCCCGAUCCGGCUGUCCUAGGCCAAACCGUCGAGGACAUUAAUCGCCGUAACAUCCACACCAACCAAUCUCUUCCUCUGUCGUCCUACGCCAACUUCCACCAUGGCCAUGUUGAACAACAACCUUUGCCUGCUGCUGGUGGUGACACCAUGAGCCCAAAGCCACCGACACACCUUGUUGCUCAACACCAAUUCCAAUCCCACACUAUUGCGCCGUCGCCGCCUUUAUCCGAAAUUGUCGCCGCCGAGAAUCCCAUUCCACUAUACAGCGAAAGACUGCACAAGUCUCCUCCUUCUUCGGCCGAUUUGGACGGGAGAAAGAGCCCUCUCCAGAUCACGACCGACGUUCGACCUUCUAUGCCUAGUCGUAACGACAGCGCCAACAGCUACGUGCACAGCAAUCUCACUCCCUCGGGCUACAAUCCUCCUGGAGGCCUGUCAGUCCAGCGCAAGACCUCGUCGUCGAGUCUCAGGCCUAUAUCGCGAACACCCUCGGUCAAGCAGGCAAUAGCCAAUAGUAUUGGCUCUGCUUCCAGUUCGGCAGUCCCGAGUCCUCUCAUUGCUGCCAUGGGCGAUCUCACACCACUACCGUCACCUCUGCUUAUGGGUGAUUCACCUGGACCUUGGAGACGACUCGGUGCUCGACCACCUUCGCGCGAGGCAGCUCACACCGCGACCAUGCCCGACUCUGUAUUUGUCACGACCAAUGGCGAGUCUGUGGCUGCAGCGCUGGCGAACCAGACGAAACGGAAAGCAUACGUUGGUCUGAAAGGGGCAGAAGGCACGGCUGGCGAGCACACACAUGGGCGCAAUCGAAGUGUUAGCGAGUAUAUACCGGAUCCCAUGGCAGUACCCAAGAGGCAAACUACAGUAUCCGGAUCGCACGCCCGGGCCGAGUCUGGUCGGACUGCAACCACCGAAAAUCCUCUUCGGCGCGAACCAAACCUUGGGGCCGCGCGCGGCCUGGUUCCCGCGCAACAGCCUCCAACCCCACCACCGAGCGAAUCAUCGCAUAGUAACGACGGCUCUGUGAGCCAGUCUAAAGCUCCAAAAGCAGAGUACUUUGAGGCGUAUGGGCGACAUGAUAAUAAACUCAGGAGAUGGCGCGCCAUUAAGCAGCUCGGCGAAGGCACAUUUAGUAGAGUGGUGUUGGCGACCAGUCAAGUGAACAUUGACGACCACGACACCACGAAAUCUCUCAUUGCUACGGAACCAGAUCUCAAAACUCUAGUAGCUGUCAAGGUUUGCGAACAUGGCCCCCGAGGCGGCGCGUCAGAAGACCGAAUCGAGAUGAGCCUGAAACGAGAACUUGAAAUUAUGCAAACAUUGCAUCACCCGUCCUUGGUUCACUUGAAAGCCUGGAACAUAGAGCAGACCCGCGCAUUACUGGUCCUCAGCUACUGUCCAGGUGGUGACCUAUUCGACCUAGCUGCUCGGCACAAAGAGCUACUCACACCCUCACUACUGACCAGAAUCUUUGCCGAGCUUGUUGGCGCUGUCCAAUACCUUCAUGAUCGACGGAUAGUGCACCGGGAUAUCAAGCUAGAAAACGUUCUUGUGAAUGUUCCUGUAGAACAACUAGCAAACCCAAAUCAGGACUGGGCUACAUAUCCCGAUUCGGUCAUUACAUUGACAGACCUGGGACUUUCUCGCCGUGUGGCAGAUGACGAAAAACUAGAGACUCGAUGUGGCUCUGAUGAUUAUGCUGCACCCGAAGUCAUUCUAGGGCAGCCAUACGACGGGAAAGCGAUUGAUGCCUGGUCCAUGGGAGUCCUCCUUUACGCACUUCUAGAAGCGCGCCUACCUUUUGAUCCACCCCCUGGAGCCAGCGAUGCGCUCAGGAUGCGUAGUCGUACAAGCCACAGGAUCGCUCGAGUGGAUUGGCGGUGGAUAAAAUACGCCGGCGACGACGGCGAUCACGAAGGUGACGAGGCCAAGUUCGAAGCAGUGGGUCUCAAGGGUGCCAUGGAGGUCACCGAAGGCCUGCUCAAGCGAGCCAGGAGCCGGUGGACACUGGACAAAGUCGCUUCCAUGGAAUGGGUGCGCAAUGGAAUCCAGGUUGAAGGCGGACCAAAGUUCAAAGAGGAGGCAGAAGCUGAAGAGGUUUCAUGA